CCAAGGAAGUCCUGGCAUUGCUCAGGAGUGGUAGGGGGAACAAAAUGCUAUGGGGAAACUGGUUGUGCAAAGCUUGUUUGGAGGUAAAGGGUGGCACAUAACCUCGUGCAUUAGAAAUAGUGUGGCUAGCAGGAGCAGGGAGGUGAUCAUCCCCGUGUACUCAGCACUGGUGAGGCCGCACCUCGAGUACUGUGUUCAGUUUUGGGCCCCUCACUACAACAAAGACAUUGAGGCCCUGGAGCGUGUCCAGAGAAGGGCAAUGAAACUGGUGAGGGGUCUGGAACACAAGUCUUAUGAGGAGUGGCUGAAGGAGCUGGGAUUGUUCAGUCUGGAGAAGAGGAGGCUCAGGGGAGACCUCAUUGCACUCUACAACUUCCUGAAGGGAGGUUGUGGUGCAAAAGGGUCUGGCCUCUUCUCCCAGGCAAAUAGUAGGACCCGAGGAAAUGGCAAGAAGUUAUACCAGAGGAGGUUUAGGUUGGAUAUUAGGAGAAACUUUUUCUCUCAGAGGGUGGUCAGGCACUGGAAUGGCCUGCCCAGGGAGGUGGUGGAGUCGCCAUCCCUGGCAGUGUUCAAGAGGCGCCUGGAUGAGGAGCUAUGAGAGAUGGUUUAGUAGCUUGUGGCACUGAUAGGAAUGGGAGGGUGGUUGGACUAGAUGAUCUUGCAGGUCGUUUCCAACCUUGUGUUUCUGUGAUUCUGUGAUUUGUCCAAGAUGAACAUGUAGGCCCUGUCAGAACUUGACACCAGAUGAGCUGACCUCCUUCAGUAGUAUUACCCAUGAGUAUUGGAGGAAGGAAAUAUUCAGUGUGUCAAAGGGAGAUAUGGACAGGAUUCCAAGAAGUGUCCAGGACUGUAGGAAAGACAAUGGGUAUAAGAGGAAGUGGCAGCAGGAGGCCGGGGGACAGCAUUUUCUUAAGGUGACUAGGAGCAAUUUUGAAACCAGACUAUGAGAAAGUAGAGGAGCUGUGGAAAAGGAAGGCUCAGUGUGGGCCAAGUCUUGCUAUUGAUCGAACAAGCACACAAGACUCAUUGUCAGCAGGGAUAUUGUCACUUGAAAGCUGGCUAGCUACGCUUAACAACUGUUCAGGACAAGGUUGUGGUUGCGUCUUAUACGUUAGCCCUCAGUCUGAGAACCCAGCUGAAGGGUUCACUCACAUAUGGGUGAAGCAGGAUGGGUGGAAGAAUCAGCCAGCAUCUUUACUCUUGCUUACUGCAACUCUGGGUAAUUAUUCCUGUAUGCUUGCUGUACUCACAUGCACCUAUUACCUCAAAAUCCUACUCCCAGUCAUUAUCAGUGUUCCAUGAGUAAGGUGCAAGUCAUUCCCUAAACUGUUUGGCGUUUUAGGCAAAUAGUUGAGCUAAAUGGGAGCAAAGUCUGAAGAUCAAGUUUAUCUUCUGGGACUAGACUGUAUCAGUUCAGGCUUGUAUAUUUACCUUAAACUGUUUAUAACUCAGAUUAUAACUUUACAGUUUAUCUCAAACACAAGAAAAAAGCUGUAGCAACAGAAAUCCAGUGUCACACCAGGCUGUGCCAGGGAAUUGCUAUGGAGAAUUGCUAUGUCUCAUGUAGGACACCACUUAAGUUAUCUCCCUUGUUGUUCCUCAUUUUAGAAAUCAGAUGGAGUGGGUUCUGCUCUGGCUCAGGAGAAACCAACCCUAACUGGCAUUUAGUGUGGGCAUUGCAUCUAUGCAUUCUGGCACUUGCCUGACUGUAGAUAUUCCUUUCCACCUCCUAUGAACAACCAAUUCUAAUGCAACCAGAGAACGAGAGUGGAUGUAUAAAGCAUCCCUGCCAAAAAUAUCUCUUUUCAAAAGCCAAAGAAUUCUGCUUUGCUCUGCUGCCCUCAGCCCUAUGAAAGCAACAAGCAAUCAAGCAAUUGAAGUGCAGGUUCGUUCUUUUUUUUUUUUUUUCCGACUAGUAUCAAAGAGCCAGGCUUUCCCUGUAAAUGCUAAAAUCCAGUGGUCAGUAGCGGGGUUAGCAGGCCUUAAUGUGAGCAGCUGCACUGUAGCUUUAUGUCACAGAUCUAGCAGAUAAAAACUUUCUCUGUCCUCUACAGCCUUAGUCACCUCAGCUAGAGAACACCUAAACUUCCUCUGCCUCGAGACAGAGAUCUCUUUCUGUGGCAAGCAUUUGCAAGUCCACAGUCACUGCAUUGAUUCACAUGGUAGCUCCUGAUUUUAUGCAUCUGGGAUGCAGGAAACAUGAGUCAUGAACUAACUGAUCUUUCUAAAUAAAUAUUAGCAAACACGACAGUGAGACUUGUAGCCUAAAUCCACCCUUCUGCCAAGAGGAUUUAAAAAAAAAAAAAAAAAAAAAAAAAAAAAAAAAAGGCAAUAGCUUUGAGAAUCUCCAAGGUUGAAGUCAUGAUUCUGAGCCACACAGGAUAACAAACUUCCAUUUAAAAAAAGAAUGUACCUCCCAUCCAUGCCUGGAAUCCUAUCAGCAAGUAAACAUUGCUUUCUCCAAAGGAGGGUGUUCCCAAGGGCACGGCUCUUGAGGUGGAGGAGUUUGUUUUGAAGAAGAGGGGAAAAAGGCACAGAAUGUAUGAAGGCCUUUCAUCAGUUGUAUGUUGCACAAAGCUGUGCUCCUGUGUGUGACAGAUGGCUCCAGGGUUCGUAUUCUUAAUAUUCUUCCACUGACUUAAGCACUAGAGCUCCUUUUGCAAUUGGUGGAGAGAUUUCUGCAGCAUUGUUCCCAUGACCUGCUUCAUAUAUAAAUACAGAAUAAGAGAAAAUGUGUUCUCCAGGGCAUGCGAGGGCAGUUGCUAAAAUUCUGGCUAGCAGUAAAGAUUGCGUAUAGGGAGAAAUUGUUCUUAGUCUCUUUUGAUACAAAAAUGUUGAUGUUAUUAAAUACAGUUGUAAUAUGCUAGGUUCGAAACAGAGGGCAGUAGUUCUCAAUGUGCAGCCAGAUGUUCUCAUUGCCAGGGAGUACUGUAGAUGCCAGAAGUACCAGCGAGUUCAAAGCAUGUCUGGACAAGUGAAAACAAAAAACCUAGGUGCUAUGAAAUACAAAGACCACUUUACUCUCAACUGAUUUUAUUACACAGCUUCAGUACUAAUGCCUAUUCAAAAAAAUCACCCUCUCCUCUUGUCAUAGUCAAUGGAAAGAAACAUGAACUUCUAGGACAUCACUCUAACUUGUUUUGAACAUCUGUGUUUGGAUAGGUGAAUCAAGUACUCCAAACCUCGCUGCAGCUGUGGGAGCGCACAUGGAGGAAAGCAUAUUCUCUUCUUUGGGCAGCUGCUCUUGAUGGAAGAACACAGGGCAAAAUUUGAUCAGGCUUUUCAGCUGAGCUAGUUCUCCUUCUCCAAGUUCCUUUCAACCAUGAUGAAACCUAGGAUACAGAUGCUUCUGAUUCUGGCAGUUCUGUUUGUUCUUCUGAUCCGCUUCCACUUCCUAACCUGCAGCAACAGUGCCUCCCUGGAAUUAAAAUCUUCUGCAGUCCACAUUCUCAUUCUCUCCUCCUGGCGGUCAGGAUCAUCCUUCACUGGCCAGCUUUUCAGCCAGCACCCCAGUGUCUUCUACCUGAUGGAGCCUGCAUGGCAUGUAUGGGUUACAAUGUACCAGAACAGUGCCAAAGUCUUGCACAUGGCGGUGCGGGACCUGGUCAGGUCAGUCUUUCUCUGUGAUAUGUCUGUUUUUGAUGCCUACAUGUCUAGCGAGAAGAAAAAGUCUGACUUAUUUCAGUGGGAGAAAAGCCGAGCCUUGUGCUCCCCUCCUGCCUGCGACUUCUUCAGUCGCAGCGACAUAAUUUCUGCAGGAAACUGCAGAACUCUCUGUGGUAGAUACUCAUUCAGCAAGGUGGAAGAAGCUUGUAAAACCUACAGCCAUGUUGUCAUCAAGGAGGUUCGCUUCUUUGACCUGAAGGUCCUCUACCCACUUCUCACCGAUCCAUCCUUGAACCUCAAAAUAAUUCACUUGGUCCGUGAUCCUCGGGCUGUGUUCAGGUCCCGACAGAAUACAGUGGCAGAGCUGAAACGUGACAGUGACAUUGUUGUGGGGUCCCAGAAGGCAAAGGGAGAACUGGGACCUUACAACACAAUGCAAGAAAUCUGCAAAAGCCAUGUUGAGAUUUACAAGGCAGGCAGCCAGGCUGUUCCCAGCUUUCUGAAGGAUCGUUACCUGCUAGUUCGUUACGAAGACAUUGUCAGAGAUCCACUAAGAAAGGCUGCUCAGAUGUAUAGGUUUGCAGGACUCCAUUUCACACCAGAACUUCAGAAGUGGGUGCACAAUAUUACCCAUGGGAAGGGAAAAGGAGAACGAGCAUUUGAUACUGGAUCCAGAGACGCACUGAGCACAUCUGAGGCCUGGAGAAACACGUUUCCCUUUGAAAAAGUAGAAAAAGUUCAAAGUGUGUGCAAGGAUGCAAUGGACUUACUGGGGUACCGGCUAGUUCAGUCUGAAGAAGAACAGAAAGACAUGUCACUGAAUCUUUUGUUUGGACAGAACAAAUUCUGAAUGCAGAAAAGCUGCUCUCUGUACCUCCUCUCUGAAUGCUGCAUGGUGGUGGACUUAUACUGAAGAGGGUAGAGGUAUAUCAGUGGGUGGGUGGGUGAGGUCAGGUACUACAGGAGUGCUGGCAGCACUUACCACAGUUUUACCAGCAACAGCACAGGGUAACUCUCAAGCUACAAUACAGGCUGGAGUAAUGCAAAUCUGUUAUCCAAAUUAAGUUUGGGGUGUAUGGGAAAGAGGAAUUAUGUGUAGAUGGAAGCAAACAGGCUGCCAGAGGAAUGGAAUUGGGUGUCAGAGCUCAAACCCCUCCACAAGCCACAGCUAAGUACUGGAGAAACUAUGUGGAACAACUGCACUGUAAUGGAAGAGGACAUAUAAAUGGAAGCCAAAGGAAGAGAACAUUCUUUGUCAUGCUGCCACUUGGGAACAUAUAAAGCUGGAAGAGAGACAACGAUAAGCAUAUGGUGUUUUCUGGAAAGCUCUCCCUCCUCCCCCCCCCCCUCCCCAGCUCCAUUCCUGUGCCUGAGCCUUUAACAUUCAUGGCAAUGGUGGCAGAAUGUCUUCAUUCAUUUGCCAUAUAGUGGGAAAAAUGGAAUAAACCAGCUAUAGUUGUAAAUGAAAACUCCUAGGUCUGCACAUAGGGAUCUAUUUCUGAGAUGGGGUGAACCCACUGAUUUUUUCAGCUGAAGUAAUUAUAUCUUCUAGCUUUCCAAACCAGGAGUUCUUGACCUGGGAGUUCUCACAGUUCAUGUGAGAAUGAGAAGAAUUCAUGCUAGUGCUAAGACUAUAAAAGGGUAGGAACACAGUUUCUAUUGAUAUGCAUAGUGAAACUGAAAGAUAGGUUUGUGGCAGUGUAUUAAAAAAAGUUGAGAACAAUAAAUUAUUAUAUUGUAUUAUUUAUUUGGUGAAAGCAUUUCCUGUCUUAGGGCACGUGCAAGGGACCUGAAGGCCCCCGAAUAAAGAAUGAUCCUAGGAUGGAACAAGUAUCCUGACAGUUUUAAGGGAACCGAUAUUUGUGUCUGUGGCUGCAAAUGCCUUGUUUUGUUGAGAGAGCUGACCUUGGUAGCUGGUCUUGUUUUUGCAAAGACUUGUUUUGCAAGGUGUUCCUCUUGGGCUCUGUCACACACUGGCUUCGUGGGUACAGGGUGCAGUGGAACAAACCCUGCAGACGCUGAGGAGAAUCAAAGCAGAAUCAAAGGAAAGCAGCUGUGGUGGGAGAGAGGAAAAGUGCCCUUUGGAGGGGAUGCCCUGCUGGCAUGGUCCUUCUCUCUCCUUUUCAGUGGUUUGUCAUCUUUCAAGGAUUGGUGAGUAAUUGGGAUUGGACAAUCCCAGUUGUAGGGAUUAUCUAAAAAUGGAUGCCGGUAUGUGUAUGAGUGUGUGUAUGUUGACCAAAACUCAUAACCCUCUGUUCUGCUCUGAGCACAUGGUUUGCUUGCCUCUGCUACUGAGCCAUCUUGUCUCUCAGAUCCAAGUGUACCCUAAAAAGAUCACCGUAAAAUUUCAUAGAGUUUGCUAUUGUCCACUAUCUCCUAUAUCAAUCAGAAAUGUCAUUCUUCCAUCUUCAAUGGGAAUAUCCAGAUUAAACCUGAACAACAGAAUUUUUAUCUGUUUAUAACAGCACUUUGUAAGAAAAUGAGGAAAUCUUGCUAUCAGACACGUGGAACAAAAUGUCCACAGAGCCCCUUCUGAGGAUCCCAUUUCAAACGCAAGUUGCAGUGUCCCUUUAACAUUGAUUCUCAGCUUAGUUAAUUUUUUUUUUAAAGUCUGAAGCAGGGAAAUCCAUGUCUAAAAAUUCACUGAUACACUGUCUCAAUUUGACUCCACUUCCUUAAACCAACUGGCAAGCAACAGCUCAUUUAAAUUUAUUAAUUAGGCAAAUUUACUACUGUAAUGUAUACUGUUAACCAGGAAUAAACAAUCACAGACAGGUUACAAGCAUCUCUAUCUUGGGAGUACAGAGAACUGUAAACUCCUCCCAUGAUCUUCAAAAUGGCACACUGUUAACACAUGCAAGAUAAGUGGGGACAAAUUUAAUGCUUCUCUGCUCUUUUUACAACACUUUCCCAAGGCCUGUACUAAUUUGCAGCACUGCUAGGAGCACAGCUGUUUUUGCACUUCUCUAGUGACUGCAUUCAUGUUUGGAAGUGUGUAUGCGAGAAGCAGUGUCCAGGUUCUAUGUAUUGUGUUUGAUGGGUGACAGGAGUCACCCUUACUGAUACUUAUCUCGAAUAACAGGAAAAAGACUCUUCUGUCAAAUUUACAGUUGAAUUUUGUUAUUAUUGAUGUUGUCACAGAUAAUCAAUUAAGGUUUUAUUAUGUGCUGAUUCUGGUAAGGAAAGCAGAGAAAGUACUUCCACAGAUGCUGAGCAGUUAUGUUGACUAUCAAAACAAAGUAGCUGCAACAUAGACUAGACUUUGGAAUAAACUGAGUCAUCUGAAGUUAACGGUCUGCUCUGGGACUGCCAAGCGUAGAAGCUCAAAGAAGUGGAUGGCUUCCCAUCCCAGAAGCAUCUCUGCAGGCACCUUCAGUGAGGCGAGCAUCAGUGUCUCAGAUCCUGCACGCCUUUGAGGUAAGAGACCAUCCUGCAGCAGUUAGGAAGGAAAUUGCAGGUACAACUGUGGAGCAGGAGGUGACAAAUGGAAGUUAGUGGCCCAGAAAGGGAUCUGGUAGAAGUACAAUUUGUCAGCAGUGAGGAAAGAUGAUAUGAGCUGGAGAGAGGAUUGUGUUUUCCAAUUUCUGAUGUAACUCAGUAUAAAUAUUUCUAAUGAUUUAGAUUUAACAAGCUAGUGUUGCAGUAUUCUUCUUGUCCAUGAAAUUCUGCUUGUUCAUGUACUUCUGUGUAUAUUCAUACCUUGUAAGUGAGCAGUGUGGGGCAGACCCCACUUAUUAACUUAUUAGCUUAUUAGCUUAUUAACUGGCUAGCAAGGCUUUCCUGACUUCCAGGUGUAGGACAAGAUAAAUGUCACUGUUUUUGAAGCUCUUUGACAUUGAAUCCACAUGUCUCUUACCACUAGACAGGGCCUAGCACACUGAAAUAUUCAGAUGCAUUACAAGGUCAGUAUGCCAUGCAUGCUGGGUUUGUCCUAUAGCUGUUGAUUGUUGCUUCGGCGCAGUAGCUAUCCAAAUCUUACUUCCAAUCAUUCUUCCCUUCUAGAUGAAGCAAUCAGCCCCAGUCACCAUGACUGAAAACAACUUAAAGCAGCUGGGACAUGGUUUAUUUCGGGAGAUGACUAAAACAGGGUUUCUCUAAGUAUAAAUUUUGUUGAUCAAAUUUAAGAUCUUAUUCCUAAUGGCUAGAAAAACUUAAUGUGAUAUUUUUGUAUCUUCCCAAAGUCUGAAUUUCCAUUUCAUCAAGUUGGAAUAAUAUUGACUCUAUUGUGAAGAUCUAGAUCUCAAUCUAGUAUUCUUUUUAAGAAGCUUUUAAAGCUAGAUUCAUGGAGGAGACAUCUGAUGUUCUGCCCAACAUUUAGGCUUCAGUCACAGAAUGGCUACUGUUGGAAGGAAUCUCUGGAGGCCAUCUGCUCCGAAUACCCUGCUCAAGCAGAGACACCUAGAGCAGGUUGCCCAGGACCAGGUCCAGGCAGCUUUUAGGGUCUUCAGGGAGAGAAGCCUGUGCCAGUGCUCUGUCAUCCACACCGUAAAAAAGUUUUACAGAUUAACUAUUACCACAGUACUGAAGACAUCUGUGGUCCUAGAACUAAAGUUCUAAUUCUUCAAAAGGAUGGAAUAGUGUAUGUUAUCAGAAUUGGAGUGAUACUGCCAGGGAUUCUCUUAGUGAAUGUGAAGACCUUCCUUUACAUGACACUUACACAAAGUUGGUGCAGGCAGGCUGGCAUAGAGAAGUAUGAUUCAUACAGCACUAGAGAAGAGCACAGUUGCUGCACUUCUAAAGAUCUCUUUAGCUUACGGGUUAUAUCACACAUUCAGCUAAAAGCAUAGUCUCAGAAGCCAGUUUUUACUGCAGUCAUAGUAAGGAGCUUUUCAGUUGAAGUGCCAAGAAACCUGUUUCUUCACAGACACAGACUCUUUUCAGUACAUUACUACAUUACUAUUACAUUUAUACGUUGAUCAAUGUUAGCUGGAGUAGCACAAGUUUUAUUAUGCAUAUUUGUUUUCAAUGGACUCGACUCUUUGUAUUAAAUAUUUAGUUGGAUGAAAAAAAAAACUUCAGUGUUUCCAGUCUCCGGUAACCAAAUGACAUAAAAUGACAUUUAAUGUAUUUUCUUAAAUUGUUGUUAAGAAAAUUGUUUUCCAUUUCCUCAGCAAACUCAGGAAAAACAAAAAAAAACAUGGAUUUCAGUGCCUCAUUGUUACGCUUCUGCUACGCUUCCCACUGCAACUACUGACAAUAAUGACUUUUUUUUUUCUUUUGGAAGCACCAAAACUAUACAGGGUGGUCAGUUGGAUUAGUGGUAGCAAAGGUGACUAAAAACAACUUUGGGGGAGGAAAAAAUACAUUUCAAGACAGUGAGCAUGACAGAUAAAACUCUGGCUAUAUCUGUUGGCGGAUGUAUAACUAAAGAUCUGUGCAGUUUGUUUAAAAACAAAUGUGAAGUUCAUAUUGUGCAAGUUUUUAGAUGAGUAAACUUUUUUAUAGCAAUGAAGUGUUAAGAUAGAAAAAUUCAAUAAUCAGAGGGGCACUUAAAAAUAAACUCCUUCACGUUGCUCUUCAGCCUAGCAUAUACAAUCUGUUUUUCAUUGGUAAUUUUAGUUAACAAUGGCCAGAAUUCAUUCACUGUAGUUAUGAAAGACUGGAAUUCAUUGAUAAUGAUGAAAGGAAGUAAGUGGGAAAUAUCCAAACUCCAGAUAAUGGUCUGCCUAGAAUUCUGAACCUCAAGGUUCUGGCACUUGCUUUGCUACGUUACUCACUCUCCCAGCUUUAUAAAUGUAGCUAUUCCAGUUAAACAAGGAAGAUAGGUGUGUAUUUCUUUGGGCUACGCAGAGUUCCUGAUACAAACAGCUCAGGGCCUCAAUACCACCUUAGAAAAAUAAGCUGUCUCACAGCUGAGGAAUCAUAGCUGUAUCCUUAGUAAAACCAAGUGGAGAAAGGGUUUCUGUCAUGGAAGAAGGCAGAGACAAAAUGCUGUGAACCUGACCUACCACAGAGACAGCUCGAAGUUCCAUUAAUGGAAAAGUGAAACAAAGAGACCAGAGCUACUGCCACAUGCUCACACACGCAAGAGUGCAGCUGUGGACAAGCAGCGCCUUUCAGGAGUUCAAAACAGAUAGAAGGUAUCCUUCUUCCAUUAGCUCUGCUUUUUUCUCAUUUUGUCAUCUUAUUCAGUUCCUAUACCUGAAGAAUUCACUAAGCAUCUAUUAAAAUGUUAGCAGCGUUAGACGACGUCUUGACAUAGUUUUACAAAGAUAAAAGCACCUUAUGCAGUCUUGGAAGUUGGCAAUGCAGGCAUGAUUAAUUGCCCUGAAAAAGACGAGCUUAUUCUCACAGGAAACGUCAACCAAGAUAGAUAAAACUAGUAAUAAGAUACAGCAAGCCUUAUGCCCCAUCUUUUUUUGUGCUGCAGCCACAUAAGGUGUUAUACAUCUUGAGUUCUAGAACAGCUUUGAUUCCACAAGAUUAUUUCAUUGAACUGUGAGGUAAUGGCACUGCUGAAAUAUACCAUACAAGCUGGAACAGGUGCUUCUGGUUAAGAGUCCUGUGCUAUUGAACCUGGCCAGAAGCAGUCCUUGAAUUUUGAAUCCAGCUGUGGAAGAUCUAGCAAACAGUACUUAUCAUUUGCUAUGGUAUCUUCCAGUCUCUUCUUAAAAUCCCAUCUGGUCUUCCAUAUAAACCCCAAUGAACUAGUCAGAGCAACAGGAAUGUGCCGUAUCACUCUCACUGUUCAGUAGAAAUGACUUGUCCAAUAAAACACCACAGUGUUAAAGUUCUGGCAUUUAUUUUGUUAACAUUUGUCAAUACUACAAGGCAGUCAGUUGGUGUUUCAAGACAUCCAUUUUCGGAAGCAGAAGUCACAGUGCACCAAGUUACCACUGACUUUCAAGAUAAUGUGGAAUUCAGCUUAGACUUGGCAAUUUCCAAAUUCAACUUAAUCUUACAAAGUGUACUACAGUGCAAUAAGCACAAACAGUGAAUAUAACUGCUACAAAUAUAUAACAGUAAUAGUAGAAAAAUAUCAACCUCUGCUUUUAUUUUACUUCACCAAAAGGAUGACUGAAUUCCAGACUUACAGGAGUUAUAAACAACUAGUGACAAGCUGUUGCUUUGAGUGAUUGUUCAAAUAACAUUUCAACAGAGUCCAGAGCACAAUUUCAGAAUUUUUCAGAUUGUCACCAUAUAUUAGAAAUUAUUUUCUCACUCCUUCCAACACAACACAGCUGAUACUUUGAACACAUUUUUUACUUCAAGUCUGAGAUGGAUGUUAGGUUACUUCACCUAGAUCGAGGAGUCUGGGACUCUUCAACCUGUAGCCAGGGAAGAGCUAAUCAUUGUUUUUAAAAUCAUAACAUGCCAGAUGACACAUUUAAUGUUAUUAAGCAAAUCCUGAAGUAUUAGCACUAGAGAACACACAUUGAAGUGGUAAUUGACUGCCUGCUGGCUUAAAAAAAAACCACUGUAAUAUGAUACUGAUUACUACAUCCCAGAGAACAUUUUUGGCCAUUCCCAAUCUCAGCAUAGAUUCAUUAGACCAAGUGCCUCAAAUAAGUCUUCUUGCAUGAAUGCUUUUGACCCUUGUUUUGGACCACUAAACUUUCAGUGGUAUCUUUGCCACACGUCAGCUACUAAUCAAGGUCUAUUAACAACAAAAAGAUAAUGAAAACAGCCAGCAGAGUGGGUUUACAUGGCGGCCUGCAGCACUCUUAAAUGACACAUGUAACAGACGGCGUACUAAUAAAGCUUUCGUUAGAGAACUGAAUAACAUUUAGCCAACCCCAUUCAAAAUCCUUUGUAUACAGCAAAGUACAGGUCAGACUGUCACAAAAAAUAUAGUAGAUAUACAGUUUUAAAUCAAAUUUGCAGUGAGAAAACUUGAUAGUGGAUAGGACCUCUCUACCAUUUUCACUUCAGAAUAUUCUGAACACAGUACAACAACCUUUUACAAGCUUUAUUUUAAAGCAUUUCUGAAACUUUUAGAAAUGCAAGCGUGAUGGAAAAUUCUGAAGUACUAUUCUGAAGUGACUUAAAAAAAAAAAAAAACAA